AGCAGAAGCUGCUGGAGAGUUUUCCCUUCCUGACUACAGUAGAUAAAUACAGAAUAAUCCUCCAAACGAUGUCAUUUCCUUCCUUCCUCUUCUCUGGGAUCUUCUGGUCCAGACAUGGUGCUGGACAUGGAGCAGAUCAUUGAGAACGUUCUCCAAGGAAACCAGGAUGCCGUGCAGCUGCUCCUGGACGACUACAACACCCAGAAUGCAGAAAGUUUCUUCUUCAACACUAAAGAACAGGACAGGAAGAAGCAGCAACAGCUGGAGGAGUUCAGGAAGAACAAAGUGAGGGAUUAUGAUCCAGACUCUGGUUCUGAUUCCGACUCAGAAAACGACCAACCUGACCUGGUCCUGCGGCAGCGUCUGGCUGCGGCGCUGCUGAGCUUCAUCAGUAAUCAGCUCCAGCCCGCAGUUUUACAGGUUUGCCUUCACACUCUGCGGAUCCUGUCCCGGGAUCGGAGGGCCCUGGGGCCCCUGGUCUCUGACGAGGCCCUCUUCAUCCUGGCUCAGCUGGGAGGCAUCGGCCUGCAGGGAGGAGCUGAAGACUGGUCGGCUAGAGGAGCAGCGAGCGGCUGGAUGGAUGCUCCUGUCGAGAUUUCUGCCUCCAGCGGCUCCAUCCAUCGCUGUGGAGGAGGUCCGGUGGUGCUGCUCCGAGGAAAGAAGGAUUCCUGGACGGGAAGCAGCGAGGAGCCAGAGGAGGACUGGGAGGUGUCCAGGAAGGAGGCCAUCAAAAUCCUGUGUAACGUUGUCUACAACAGCUCUCAAGCUCAGGAGAGAGCCAGCGCCCUCAGGCUUCUGCAGGGUUUGUGGGAGAACCUGAAGCAGGAGAUCUGCAGCAGCGAGCCGCCUGGUGGACAGUUUUACCGGCUGAGACUCCUCUUCCUUCUGACGGCACUGAGGCCAGAGCUCAGGAUGCAGCUCAACCAGGAUCGAGGUGUGCUGGUGCUGACCAGAGCUCUAGAGCGCCUCCUGGCUGUCAGGUUUGCUGACCGAUACGAGGUUCUGACCGACGUCUCACUUCCUCCCGUCUCCAAGAAAACGUCCCAGGAAGUCAUCGAGAUCCUCAAAACCCUGUUCAACAUUGCCCAAACGUUCCACAGGCAGGAACCAGACGAGGAGGAAGCUGCUCUCUAUCGCCACCUGGCUGCUGUUCUCCGUCACUGCCUGCUGCUGUCCUGUGAAGGAGACGAUGUGAAGGAGGAGCUCCAAAGACACACCAUCAACCUGCUGUCAGCACUGCCUCUCACCUGUCUGGACGUCCUGCUGUCCGUCCGGCCCGAGCAGACAUCUCACCAGUGGGGGGGAGUCAACAUGGACUGUGUCCACUCACUGCUGCUGUUUAUGGACCACCGGCUGACCAGGGGUCAGAAGCUGAAGGAGAAACUGAUUCCUGUCCUGACCCUGCUGACUGAAAGUUCUCGAGUUCACCGGGAGACGCGCCACUUUUUACGGCAGAAGAUCUUACCUCCUCUGAGGGACGUUGGCGUCCGACCUGAGCAGGACGGUUCUCUGAGAGGACAGCUGGUCCGACUCAUGACCCACGUGGAUACAGAUGUGAAGCAUUGUGCUGCUGAGCUGCUGUUUGUUCUGUGCAAAGAGAACGUCAGCCGGUUCGUUAAAUAUACGGGUUAUGGAAAUGCUGCCGGGUUGCUGGCGGCUCGAGGCCUGUUGAAUGGCCGGCGGGCUUCAGGAGACGGCCUCUACGCUGCUCGCUACUCCAGCGACUCGGACUCAGACACGGAGGAAUACCGGGAGGCCAGAGCCAGGAUCAACCUGGUGACGGGUCGGGUGGAGGCGGAGCAGCCGGACCCGAUGGAGGGGAUGACGGAGGAGGAGAAGGAGCAGGAGGCCCGAUACCUGAUCAGCAUGAUCAACCGGCUGUCACGGGAGCAGAUCAUCCAACCCAUGGGCGUCACCGCUGAGGGCAGACUGGCUCCGCUGUGGGCUCCGAUGAGAGGAAGCCCUCUGGAGGACGAAGAGGAGGAGGAGGAGGAGGAGGAGGAGGAGGAGGAGGAGGAGGAGGAGGAGGAGGAGGAGGAGGAGGACUGGGAGCCGGAGGGGAGGAAGGACCAGCCAGUAGAGUAGAAGCAUGGAAACAGGAUGUCAUGUAGUCCUGCUAUUCCUACAACACUGGUUCUAGCUGGAAUCCCUUCAGUUUUAAUCAACGAUAUAAACGAGACGAUCUGAAAUAAACACUUCAGAGGAUCCAUCCAAUCACAGCUGUUAGUUAGAAAUAGAACCAGUUCAGAUCUUUUCCUCCAGCUUCACAGUGAGCUGCUUUCAUCUCAUUUUUUAGUAAAACUCUGAGCACUUUUUAGGAGGAAUCUGUUGUUUCACAGAAAUCUCUGCUUUGUAAACUUCUAGAUUUCAUCUCAUCAAACAAAUUAAAAUGAAACCUGCUAAAAAUGA